GGAGCGAUUGGCCAGGUUUCCUGGCGACUCGGCUUCUUGGGUGCUGUUUUCGUGGCUUCUGUCUUUUUUUAUUCUGACGCGUGUGCUGGCUGGUCAUGCUUUGGCUGCUCUCAGCUCCCAAACUGGUUCCUGCUGUAGCAAACGCUCGCGGCCUCUCAGGAUGCAUAUUGUGUUUUCAACGAAGGUAUUCCCUCCAGCCUGUCCCGGAGAGGAGGAUUCCAAACAGAUACCUAGGCCAGCCCAGCCCCUUUACACACCCACACCUUCUUAGACCAGGGGAGGUGACUCCAGGACUAUCUCAGGUAGAAUACGCACUUCGCAGACACAAACUGAUGUCUCUGAUCCACAAGGAAUUGCAAGGGCAGAGUGGGACUGACCAGACCAUAGUUGUACUCUCCAACCCGACUUAUUACAUGAGCAACGAUAUCCCCUACACCUUCCACCAGGAGAACAAUUUCCUGUACCUGUGUGGAUUCCAAGAGCCUGAUAGUAUUCUGGUCCUUCAGAGCCUCCCUGGCAAGGAGCUACCAUCACACAAAGCCAUGCUUUUUGUGCCUCGGAGAGACCCCAGUCGAGAACUUUGGGAUGGCCCACGAUCUGGCACUGAUGGAGCAAUAGCUCUAACUGGAGUAGACGAAGCCUAUACCCUAGAAGAAUUUCAACAUCUCAUACCAAAACUGAAAGCUGAGACGAACAUGGUUUGGUAUGACUGGAUGAGGCCCUCUCACACACAGCUUCAUGCUGACUACAUGCAGCAUCUGAUUGAGGCCAAAGCCAGGAGCAAGAACAAGGUUCGGGGUGUCCAACAGCUCAUACAGCGCCUCCGGCUGAUCAAAUCUCCUGCAGAAAUUGAACGAAUGCAGAUUGCUGGAAAGCUAACAUCACAGUCUGGGCUAGAGCAGCCCUAUAGAAAUCCUUUAGUCAUACCAGGUCGUUGUUUUUCACAGUUUGAAUUUGAAUGCCGAGCUCGAGGUGCAGACAUCUUAGCCUACCCACCUGUCGUUGCUGGUGGUAACCGGUCUAACACUUUGCACUAUGUGAAGAAUAAUCAGCUCAUCAAGGAUGGAGAAAUGGUACUUCUGGAUGGAGGUUGUGAGUCUUCCUCCUACGUCAGUGACAUCACCCGUACUUGGCCUGUCAAUGGGAGGUUCACUGCACCGCAGGCAGAACUCUAUGAAGCUGUUCUAGAGAUUCAGAAAGCUUGCCUGACCCUCUGCUCCCCUGGGACAAGCUUGGACAACAUAUACAGCAUGAUGCUGAAACUGAUAGGACAGAAGCUUAAAGAAUUAGGGAUCAUGAAGAAUGUUAAAGAAAAUAAUGGCUUCAAGGCUGCUCGAAAAUACUGCCCUCAUCAUGUUGGCCAUUACCUUGGGAUGGAUGUGCAUGACACUCCAGACAUGCCCCGUUCCCUCCCUCUACAGCCUGGGAUGGUCAUCACAAUUGAGCCAGAAGCGGCGGCCAGAUCCUGCCGGCCGGACAGCGGGGACAGGAACCCGCGGCAAGCCGGGGCUGGGGCCGAGGCGGAGGAAGCGGCCGCCGCCCCAAUUGAGGGAGUGCAGCCGGGGGCUUUCCAGGGGAGGAAGGAGAGCGACCCCUUUGGAAUGUUUCCACCCUGCUCACUCACGUCGCUCCGGCCCCGCCCCAGCCACUAG